AAUCUGCUGUGGAGUUUGAAAGCAGCCAUGUUUUUCUUAUCCUGUACAGUAGUCCCUCAAGUUACAAUAUUAAUCGGUUCCAGGACGACCAUUGUAUGUUGAAACCAUUGUAUGUUGAGACCAUAACUCUAUGGAAACCUGAUAAAUGGUUCUGAAGUCACCAAAAUAUCAUCCAAAAAUAGGAAAAGGGGUCUUCUGUUCUUCUAAAUCUUCAUAUACUAACUGGACGUUCUGGACGACUAUGGACUUAAUUAUAAGGCAGCACCUCUCCGUAGCUGAGAAUCAGCAAGAUGCCGCUGCCCUGCUCAAGGCGUACACAUUAAUUAAAGCAGCAAACAAAGACACGUCCACAAAAGAUGGGUCCGAAAAGUUCAGCCCUGACUUAUACAUCCUAUGUGCAGAACAAGCCCUUCAACUCGGGAGUCCAGCAGUGAGCAAAGCCUGUCUACAAAUGUAUUUCAAGAAUCAACCUCCCCCAAACCAAUUUUUAGGACGGGCAUUCCUGUGCCAAGCUCAGUUACACAACCCGAAGUCUCCUAAUGAUGUGGGAGAGUUGGAAAAGUCAUUGGCAUAUUAUCUGAAAACAAUUGAUUUUGCAAAACAACAACAGAGGUAUCAUUUCCUUGCGUAUAAUACCUCUGUGUUAUACCUGCAAACAGUGCGUCCUUUUCUAAAGCCUGGUAGUCGCCACCUCCUUAUUCCCAGCCUGCUCAGUAUUGUUAAGUCAAUGGAUGAAAUCAAUGAUGCUGAUAAGAACUGGAGAGCAGAUCUGAAGCUAGAAUUGCUGGAAUGUUUUUUAGAUGCUCAAAAAAUGAAGGAAGCUGCUGACUGUGCAUCUAUGGCUAGUGAAUUCAUCAGAGCCAAUGCUCCCCAGAAAUACCCUCUUCUCUUUACUAAAAUGGUGCAUCACAAAUUAAUUGAUUCUGCUAAAGCUGCUAAAGAAACAAAAAGUUCAGCAACUUUGUCAGUCAUCUAUAAAAUUCAGAAGCUGAGAUCGCAAAUGGAUGGCUCCUUUACAGCAAAGGACGUUUUUACAAACCUCAAUGAAAUUUAUAAACUCCUGGCUACAGUGGAUGAUGAGACUGUGCCGCAUUUAUCCACUUCGGAAAAGAUUCCUCUGCUGAUUGAACUGGCGCGUCUCUCAAUGGAUUUAAAAUGCAAUCAUCUGGCUGCCGUCUGCAUCGCUGAUCUGAAGGCUGCGGAGAUCGCUGAUCCAAAAACCCUCAUAACCAUAGAAACUCUUCAGUGUGAUCUUCAGGCUCUUCAAUUUGGCCAGCAGAUUGAUACUUAUACUAAAAGCGUUGUUGAGGCACAGCUGAGAGUUAUAAACAGACUGGAGACAACUUUACAAAACGCUGUCCGUCUAGGGGAACCUAACACCAUACAGGAAGUGUGCACAACGCUGUGGAAUCUUUGUCUACCCUUAUUGCAGCACAAUCUGCGCAAACACCUGAAGAAGCCAUUGAUCUCUAUAGCUGAUUCAUUAGAAAACAUAGAUAGUUUAUUGACUGUAAUCCGCUGCCAGAUUCAUUUGGAAAUUGCUCAGAUUGAAGAAGAGGAUGAUCGAAUCGAAGUAGCAAUAAGACAUCUUGAGAAAGCAUUGUCUCUUGAUGGUAAUGGACAGUAUCAAAACCACCUGAAAACUUACCUUCAUCGACUUCAGCUGCGAACUACACUUUACACAAAGCCUCAACGUGUGGAAGAUCAGGCAGCUAUGAUCAUCGAGCAGGCAAAACAGAGUAAUACAAAGGACUCUGUGAGGAAGAAGCGGUCUCUGCUUGUCAAUGCUGGCCUCUUCUUGGCUCCUGAUGUUUUUCAAAUGGUGCUUGAUAGUGAGAAUGAAGCAAAAGUCUCCACAGGUAAAAAUAACAAGGGACGUAUAAGUUAUUUAUGCAUGAAAGCACAGCAUCAUUCAAAGUGUGUCCAGAAGACUGAUGGCCAUUUACAACGAAUGGAGAGUACAGACGAUGCUGAAAGAGUCAGGCUGUGGGCAGAUUUGGCCAGGGUGGCACGGAAACAAGAGGUGUGGGAUGUGUGUCGGGCAGCAUGCCGUUUUUGCCUGUUAUAUGAUGAUGGCCGGUGGAGUAUUACAAAGCUUGAUGCCUCACAAAAUAAAAGUCCAGCUCCCAGUGCAGUGGAUGAAGGAAGGAAUUCAGAGCUGGAAACUUCAAAGCCAAAAGCAGAAUUAUUCAAUGAUGAGAAGGUCUUAUUACGAUUGCUGGCAGAAAUUCGAUUUAUCAGUGCAGAGGCAACAAUACACUUUCUGAAGUCUGAAGGCUGUAAACUAAAUGAAAGUCCAGUCCCACCUGAAGAUACGAGUAUGCGCCCAUCUUCCUACAUCCCUAUAAACCUGGAUGAAGAUCCAGAGUGGAUCCAGUAUAGGGAUUGGAUUUUUCAGCUUUCAGCAUAUGCUACAGAUAACUUUCUACAAGCCGCAGAGUUGGGUGUGGAGCUGCAGGAGGCCUGGAUAACUCAUAACGCCACUGUCUAUAUCCUAAACCAUAACAAGCAUAUCAUCGCAUCUGGGAGGUUAACAUUACUUGUACAGACACUUCAGAAACUGCUUGUAGCACUUAAGAAAACUGGGCAUUGUGGGAACCCGUCGCUGCUGGUUUUGCUGUCCAGUGCAUUAGCCAAAGGCUUAAUUCUUCGCUGGAUACCUGUGUCAGACAAUAAUAAAAGAUCAGAUACAAGUCUGCAUACAGAGAAAGGAAAGAAGGCUUCGGGGAAAGGACCUGAAAAAUCUAAUGUAGCACAUGUUUUGUCAAUUGAUCCAAAUGGCCUUACUGAUGUGAAACUGGCCCUGGAGGUCUGUGAUUACGCUUUUGAUUUGACCAAUGGGAGUCCACCAGAAGAUGUGGUACCCAUCACCAUAAGACAACAACUCAUUUCUACGUGGGUCAAGGCAAAACAGUUACUGCAGCAACAAAUUGGACCCAAACUUGGGACAGACGAUGAGGACAACAAUGAAGGACAAAACCCGAUGACCAGAGUCCUUGUUGCUCUAGAAAUGCACUCCUGUAAUGGGUUAGGACUCAUGGACUUCACCGUUCCAAGCCUCUCACAAGUAAAGAAGACGGCUUUUGAGUGUGAGUGGUCAGAUCGGCUCGUAGAACUGCAGGCAUUAACCAGACUGGCGCACUUUGCAUACAGUGCUCGUGACCUAGAGUUAGCUUUAUCCUGUACCCGGAGGGCACUGAUGUUGGAUGAGAAGAUAAGAAAACAAGACUUCCGCAGUUCUUCGCUGACGUAUGAGAUGUUGAGCGUCACAGCCUGUAUUCAGGGCCAAAGCAUAAUGGACGGUUUGGCUGGAAAAAAACACUUACGUCUUUCUGCUAUAAAAGCCUUCGAAAUGAGCUCAAGGUUUGGUGGUGAAGCUGGAAGCCCUUCAUUAACAUUACAGGCUGCUAAACAUUUCUGGUAUGCUUGUUCUCCACUGACAAAUUCUGCCAAAGAACGGGGACCCCUGAAGGAUUCUGUCAUUUGUGUUAUCAAGGCCCUGGCGGAUGCGGAGGUCAAACAGAAAAAGAGGUCAGAAAAUGAUACCAUGUUAUUUCACCUGUGGCCCUCCAUGGAUGUUCAAAGCCGUACAGUUCAUGACCCAGAAAAUCUCCAAGGCACUUCCAGUGAAUCAGAUCCAUAUAAUCAGGAGCUCAGCUUGAAAGCCGCACUAUAUGAGUUACUGUUCAACAUUUUUGCGGAUAAGAAAGACUGGCAGUCGGGCCUGAAAGUACUGGAUGAAGCUAUCAGCAUCCUGCCCCGUACAAGACACAGGCUCGUACUUUUCAAACAUCGUGUUCUGGCGAAGGCACGCCUGGGUCAGAACUUCUUUAUGGAUAUCCAGAAGUUUAAGGAUGAAAGUGAAGACUAUGUGUCAUACAUUUGGCAUCACGUGGCUCUCUCCUGCAAGAACACCAGUGAUCAGCUGGCCUGUUACAUGAAUGCAAUCGAUGCCCUGCACAAACCAGAAAACAAUUGGCAGAAAGUGGAGUACUUACUGGAGUUGGCAGAGUGGUUGUACUGCAAGCAGUUUCCUGUGAGCUCUGCUGUUAACCUGCUGGACUGGGCAGUCGAUAUUUUACUCCAUAUGAAGUUCACACCUAGUUUGGAGGAAGGAAAAAGCCAGAAGGUUAAACCAAGAACUAAGAAGAAAUCUUUUCAAAAUAAAGAGCUGGAUGAAGAUCUAACUGUAGACAGUGGCAAGGCAGGGGCAGGGGAGGAUUCUGCAAGUACCUGCAACUCUUUGGAAGACUUGAGAAAUGUGAGGCAGCUGGAGGCCUUAGCUCGAGCAUUCAUGUUAAUGGCGGUGAUUGGUGGCCGUGGUUCACAUGAGCAGUCCUGUCUGAUGGCAUAUGCAUGUGUAAUGCGCAUCUGGCAGGUGUCAUUGCCUGCGGCAGGAAACGUUAUUAAAUCAUUACAGAAAAACCCUGCACUUCAGAAUCCACAAUCGGCCUCAAGUCGAAAGGGGAAAAAGGAAGCAAGCGAGUCUGUUGUGAUCAAGGAAAAGCCCAAGAGGAAAGCACCAAUAGACACUGUACCUUCUACGGCAGAGGAGUGGGCCGUCUAUGACUGUCCUGAUGAUAUCAGAGAUGCCUUUAGACAAGAUACAUCCAGCCAAGUCAUAAACAGGAGCACUAUUGUAAAACCAACUUACAGUCUAUACUACUUGGAUCUGCUAGUACAAGAGUUGCAGAGCAUCUCAUUCACUCACCUGAGCCUCCCUGUUCUCCAGCUUGCAGAAGUCAUUGCACAUGACAUUGUGCAAAGUAAAAGCCUCUCCGAUCUCUAUCACCUGAGAAUUUCUCAAGUGUGUACCAACUUAAAAUGGUACCGUGCCGUCACUUAUCACCAGAGAGCAGCCGGGAACGAGUUCAUUAAUGAAUAUGAACUGAUAAGCUGUGGACAAGAAAUAUCUAGGCUAAAAAGUGAAAAACAGGUUGAGAAUAAUUUGCUUGGAAAUGGAGAAAAUCCUUCUGUGAGGGGCAGACAGAAGAUAUUGAGCGUACACACAGAUGGUAGGGGAUUAAGUGGGCUUUCUCUUCCAUAUCUGUGGCUGGAGAAGGCCGAUGUACUGAUAGAUCUUGGGUUAUUUCAGCCAGCACGGGUUCUUGUAACACAAGCUUAUAAAUCUUUCCAGGACAUUGACGAUAACCAUUACCAGCUAAAGUGCGUCUACCUUUUAUCGAUGUUAGCCAUUUCUGAGAAGAAUUAUGGGCAAGCAAAGUCCUUGCUACUGGAAGUCAAUGAUCUGCCAAGAGAUGCCGAGUUUUGGUAUAAGACCACUAUUACACUCACAGAGGCAAUUCUAGGUGCAAAUGAGGAAGGUGGAGAAAAUAAGGCCUUAAAACUUUUAGAAACCACUAUAGAUGUUUUUAGAACCAUGAUGGGGAAAGAAACAAACAGAGAACCUGAAUAUGGGUGUCUGAUAGCGAAAUUAAAUGCCAGGAAGUUUGCAAUUCUUUUGAAAAAUACCCAGAAAUUGAUGUCUAAAGGUACCGAACCAUCUCAGGUAAUUGUCUUGUUGCUGGAUAUGUGCGACAAGAUGAGCCAAACUGAAGCCGAUCUUCUCCGCUAUGAACAAAAGGAGUACAGAGCAGAACUCAUGAUGGAGCAUGUUAACAUUCUCAGGAUCCUGGCCCAAAAUGUAGAAGACUCAGAGCGUAAGCAUGGUUACUGUUUGGAUGCAUACGGUAUGGCGGAGCAAGCAAUCUCAAGUGUAGAGCAGAUAUUAUACAACAUCCAAAGUUCUGCUGUUAUUGAGGCAGGGGAUAUGAGUUUGCCAGUACAGAGGAAUCUUGCAAAAAUGAAGCUGGAUUUUGCUGAACUGUCAUUGGAAAUCAUCCAGCUUGUCAUCAAGGAGGAGGAAGAAAAUUUGAAAGAAGAAAAACGCAAAGGAGAACUCCGUGUCAUUGUUGAAGAAUUUGUCAGAGCGACCCCCGAUUAUAACUCUGUUGGGCAGGAGUGGAAAACACUUGGUUGUACGGUGGCUUCAGCGGCUCUGUCUCAGUUAGUAAAUGCUUUUACACUAGCAGGAGGCUGUGAUGAUGUGAAGGCAAAGGCUUUGCUUAUAACUGGAAAAUGCCUCCAUUUACUCUCGUUUAGAAUUGAUCCUCUUCAUCCCGACAUGUAUUGGAAUGAUCAUUAUCUGGAUGAAAGAAAGACUUCUGAAACCAGUGGAGAUAAUGGCAGAGAGUGGCACGAUGCCAACAUGCAGCCAAGUAGUAAGCAGCUAGAUCAACUGGUGAAGAAAGCGGCUGCAUUAAAGACCAGAAGAAAACUUGCACAGAUGUAUCUUGCACAGUCCACUGAGAUUUUGCUACAAACCAUUAACAUUGCGAUAAACAACAGCUUGAUGGGCAUAUUGUCGUCUGCAAGCCUUGAGAUCUGUACAUGCCUUGGACAAUUUGACCCUUUCACAGUGGGAGUGUUCCUGGCAUUACAUCAGAGCUGUGUGUCUAGUAUGAUGAUUGAAGACCUGGUUCUUGCAGCGACACUUAACACCAGUAAUUCACAGUUUGCAGCAUUAAUGCAUCUUCUGAAAUACCUACAAGGCAAGGGAAAUGAGGGCCCUCUGAGGAAGCAAGUAGAGCAACGACUGGCCACCACUUCAAAAGUGUGGGGAAAUCUUCAGGUCACCAUGCAAUAUUUCAACAUAUUUAAUGAUCUGCCUGCAAAUUUUAAUCUUCUUAUCUUGCAGCAUUCGGAAGACAGAUCACUUUUGUAUGGUGCUAUUCUUGAAAAACCAAAACCAGUCUCCACACAAAAGGGAAAGUCAACUCAACAGCAAAAAACCUUGCGAGCAAAAGUUGCCCGAUGUUCUGUGGAUCGUCGCGUGUUGACAGGCUUGUUGGAACAAAUGGAACUGUUCAGACAAGAUAUGAUGCAGAGCCAACUCAAAAAGGAACAUCAAGAAAGCUUCACAAGACAGAAAAUCAACAAGGACCCAGCAAUGAAUAAUUCAAACACAGUCGAGGAGGUGAGCCACAGAAAACGCAUGGAAGAUUUUCAUGAGAUAGUGGAAGCACUGGAAACCUAUCUGAGCCCCGUGCUUCUUCAGCUAGACUUCUCUCCAUUCAGACAGCCAUCACCACCUAUUUCAACAACAGAAUCAGUGAGAGCAAAGUCUAGAGACAAAGAAGACAAGCCAGCAACCACAUCAAGUGCAUCAGUGGACAUGGGAGAUUGUAUUAUUUUGCUGGCAGACAGAUCACUUCAGCAGUUGCCAUUAGAGGCUUUAGGAGUUUUUAAGGACGACAGCAUAAACUCCGUGUCAAGAGACUUUUCACUUCAGUUAUUGUACAACAGGAUUCAUAGAGAUCACACAGAUGAUGCCGAAGGAAAGAGAGAUGUAAAGAGUGCAAAAGAAUCCAAACAGAGAGGGGAGCAGAAAAAGAAUAUAAAAACAGUGCCUAUUAAUCGUGUUUUGCCAGCGAACUGUAUGCCAGUGGAUACCCAUUGCUUUAAAUAUAUUGUCGAUCCUUACAAUGACAUAAGAGAACCCGAAACGCUGAGCCCAGUCUAUAGAAUGAAUGAAGUUCUUGUAAAAUACAGCCAGCAAUUUACUGCUAAUUGGGAAGGAAUUACAGGCAGUUCACACAUGCCCAGCCAUGGAGAGUGGGAAAGUCUGAUGACAAGCUGCGGUGCUUUUAUCUUCUAUGGGACAGAGAGGCUUUUAGCUCAUAUUCUGUUAGACAAAUUUCUGGCUUUAGAUUUUACAGGUUGUCAGCUACUGAUUCUUUUGGAUCAAGUGAGAACAAGUCAGAGUUUUUCCAGGCAAUCGAUGACUGAUGUACAAAAAAAGUAAAUCUCACUUGUUGUUGGAAAGACCUGUGGAAACAGCCCUAAUGCUGAGCGUGGCGGGUGUACGCUCUCUGAUGCUUAACCAAUGGAAUACAUCCCUAGAGCAGAAUGCCAAAAGACUGG